AUGGUGCGUUAUGCACAGCGGCCGUGGUACACGCCAAUAGGCUUCAUGAGCUCCGCACCGCAUUCAUACGCCGGUCUCUUGAUUGCCUUUGGCGUGGCUGCCGUAUUUCCGUUCCGGUACAAGAUGUCAGAGUACUUUGAGCGGCAGCGGGACGGUCCUCAUGUUGAGCUGAGGCGUAAGGCUGUAAUGUACUAUAACGAAAUGGAGCGUAUGCAUCGACGUCAGGCGUUGCAAAAUUUAUCUAGUCUGCAGGAGGAUGACAGCGGCCAUCGUUUGUCUGCCACACUGCAGGGGGAGGCGCUACGUAUGGGUCACGUGGAUCAGGAGUACAACUACUGGUAUGCGCAUCAGCGUGAUGCCCUGCGCGCAGAGAAGCUGCUCACAGAAGUUAAGGAGCUGCAGGCACGAGUGAGUGAAGCAGGGUAG